CCGGGGCCAUGUUCGUGCAGGAGGAGAAGAUCUUCGCCGGGAAGGUGCUGCGGCUGCACGUGUGCACCGUGGAGGGCGCCGAGUGGCUCGAGGAGGUCGCGGAGGACACCACGGUGGAGAAGCUCAAGGAGCGCUGCCUCAAGCACUGUGUACCUGGGAGCUUGGAGGAUCCAAAAACUGUGACACAUCAUAAGUUGAUACAUGCUACUUCUGAGAAGGUGCUGACAGACACAAAAACAGUGUUAGAGGAGAAUAUUCAAGAUAGAGAUGUCUUACUCUUAAUAAAGAAGCGUGUACCCCCUCCACUCCCUAAAAUGGCAGAUGUAUCAGCAGAGGAGAAGAGGAAACAGGAGCAGAAAGCUCCUGAUAAGGAUGCUAUUCUCAAAGCAACUGCAAAUCUGCCUUCUCGCAAUGUCGAUCGCACUGUGGCCCAUCACAACAUGAGGGAUUUCCAGACAGAGCUCCGGAAGAUCUUGGUUUCUCUCAUAGAAGUUGCACAGAAAUUGCUAGCACUGAAUCCAGAUGCAGUUGAGCUAUUUAAGAAGGCAAAUGCCAUGCUGGAUGAGGAUGAGGAAGACAGAGUGGACGAGAUAGCUCUGCGGCAGCUUACAGAAAUGGGGUUUCCAGAGAGCCGAGCUGUGAAAGCCCUUCGAUUAAAUCAUAUGUCAGUGACACAGGCCAUGGAGUGGUUGAUAGAACAUGCAGAUGACCCUGCUGUGGAUGCUCCGCUUCCUGGUCAAACUCCAUCAGAAGCUGCAGCUGAAGCUGGUGCAUCCUCCGCUGAAGCGGUUGCAGGUCCUAGUUCAGAAGUUGGUGGGGAAGAGGCCAAAGAUGAGCUGACAGAAAUAUUCAAGAAGAUCCGGAGGAAAAGAGAGUUUCGUCCAGACCCACGAGCUGUCAUUGCCCUGAUGGAGAUGGGGUUUGAUGAAAAAGAAGUGGUAGAUGCACUGAGAGUAAACAACAACCAGCAAAAUGCAGCUUGUGAAUGGCUGCUGGGAGACAGAAAACCUUCUCCAGAGGACUUAGAUAAGGGAAUUGACACCAAUAGCCCUCUCUUCCAAGCCAUCUUAGAAAACCCCGUGGUACAGUUAGGGCUAACAAACCCUAAAACUCUACUAGCCUUCGAGGAUAUGCUUGAAAAUCCCUUGAACAGCACCCAGUGGAUGAAUGAUCCCGAAACGGGGCCCGUCAUGCUGCAGAUCUCUCGGAUCUUCCAGACACUGAACCGCACGUAGAGGGGGGUGCCGGCCCACUGUGCCACUUCCUCCUGUCCCUCGCUCCACCKUCCUGGCCGGAGGGCACGUGGCUUGCUGGGCACGGGGAGAAAAAGCCUUCUGCCCGGCCAGGGGGGCUCGCAGGACAGCGUGGGUAGUUGUGGCCMACCUGAGGUUCUUGCCUUGUGCAUUUAGUGUUAGUGGAAGAGGUUUGAAGACUUAUUUUUGUUUUGGGGUUUUAGGUUGAAAAAAAUAUUAUAUAUAUACAAAUAUAGGAAAAGGUUUUGUGAAUGCAAUUAAGAAUCUGAUUGGCGAGAUAUGUGAUGAUAUUGCUCGUGUUUUAAGCUCCGCAGUAAAAGGCCUGUGACAGUAGUUUACUAGCCAGUUUCACUAGUAUCUGGCUAGAGUUUACAAGAGGUCACUGACCACUAGCAUAGGAUAUUAAUCAUCUCCAUACAGUAUUAACUUAUGGAUAUAUCAAAUUAUAAAAAUGCUUUUUAAAAUUGAUUCUUAGGAAAUGUUUUUUAAAAGUCCAAAUGUUGGGAGAGCAAGCACAUUUCUAUCCAAACUUGUUUGUCUUGCAUUAUAAUUUAAAUGAAAUCAUUCAUAGAUGGAAUUCCUUCAAUAAAUAGCAUUACUUUUUCCUAUUUAUUUUCUGCUUUAGUGUUGUUCAAGUUCUGCAAGGUUUAGGCUCGUAGGUGAUUGUCAGCUACAUUAAAGAUGCAGUAUCUCUUUCAUGACAGAACUUGCAACAACACCACCACUUGGAUUCUCAAGUGCUGCAAUUCAUAACCUUACACUCUGCCAUACCCUAGUGUGAGAAGGCUCUAUUCACUCUGUGGUUUUUCCAUUUUGACGUGCAUGAUUUUGGGAAGGGAGGCUUAUGUUGAGUUUAUUUUUCAGACUCCGUUUACAMAAAGAUGCUGUUUGCAUGGGUUGAAUGGUAAUCUGCAAAUAAGCAGAAAUGCGUAUGUUUUUAUCUUGCUUAAGGUAUUUAAAAGCACGCUUGAAAUUACUUUCUCUGAGAUGGAAGUGUUUUUCUCUCGCUGUUUUUUUUAAGUCCUGCAAGUACCAAGAAUGUUAAGCUGUGUCUUUCCUAGUUUUAUCAGAAGACUGACCUGAGCUUCUAAUGAAAAAACUUCCAGUGAAUAGUCAGAUUUUAUGAUGGGUUAUGGUGGUAUUAUUUUAAUGGUCUAAAAUGUUUUUUCUUUCAACUUAGUGCCACAUGAUUGACAUCUGUCAAGUCUUAUAAUACACAGCUUUUCCCUCUUGGAAAGGCAGGCUGUGCAAAACCUGCUUCUCCGUAAUACAGAGCAACCAGAGGGAGGUCCUAUUCUUAAACAGCACAGAGGGGUCUCUCAAGGGGCUAUACUGAGGUCUAUCCUCUGCUGCUUGAGAGUGGGCUCUUCAUUGCUGGGGCUUGUUGCGUGUGCGUUAGGGCUGUUUUUCUUUGCUGAAAAAGAAAAAUGCGGCAGGAGGUAACCCGAAACCCCACAACAAGUUUUGGCCUGAGCUUGGUAUCUCAUCUCUGUUAUUAUGCAGCCAAGGCUCUGAAGUUGCCAAUUUCACAUAAUUAAUACAAAGGGUGGGGAAAUCAAAACAGCAUGGGAUUUUAUCAUGGCUUACUAUCCCAGUGUUUUUUUAUUUUUAUUUUUCGUAAUUGCAUAUUAAGCUUGCACUUCAAGAGGGCUGAAACUUUUGCAUCUGAAAAUUCUGAGCUUUAUAGGAAUUUAUCUUCUAUUCACAUUGUUUGCUCAGACUCCUGUUAAGAACAGGUUGACAGCCUAACAUGAAAUAACUUUUCUGUAGCUAGCAAAGCCAGGAACCUGAUCUCGGAACCCUGAGUGUUUGGUGCAGCUACUCACGAGUAGUUGUGACUAAAGGCUGUGGCAGUAUGAAAACCUGUGGGUUUUUUGUUUGUUUUCCUCAUUCCCUGCAGUUUUUGACRUGUCAUACUACCAGAGGACGUUGUUAUUUGAAAUUAAGUCUCUUUCCCUAUUCAAUCAGGGUAAACUGUCCAUAGUUUUAGUGAUCCUUUCUAAAAGAUGAAGGUGGAGAAGAAAAACUAAUCUGAAAUAUAUUCUGGCUUUUGUAUAAACAAGACCAGCUUCAGGAUCCAGGAUCAGGAUUCAGGAUCAAUGCCACGGAUACUUUAAUAAAAACAGAAGCAUCAGGAUGGCAUCAUGUAACAGAUGAAGGUAGGAAUGCCCAGCCUCACCACCAUAACCAAAUGCUGCAACUGCAGUUAGAAACCUUUGGAUUAAAGGCAUACUGCAUCUUUAAAAUACUUGAAAGCUUGAGAAUGUGGUUAUUUGUGGCUUUCCUUCCAGGGCUCAAAAGCAAGGCAGCUUCUGAUUUGCCAAAGUUUCUUUCUUGGCACGGUUUCAGCAAAGUCUUCCUUGUCUGAGAACUCAAGUUUUCAGUAGUAGGAAAAUGCUGGAACUUAAGGUGUGAUUGUUCCCAGCAAGGACUAGGAGUUUAAAACAGAAACUACCCUUUAGGUUAAAUCAGUAUUCAAGAAAUUGAUAGCACCGGUCUUGUCUUUUGGGGAUGAAUUAGUACUAGGCUAUGGAGCUGUGUCUCCCAUGGCAYCUGCAUAUUGCUACUUCAUCAUGGUUAAUGUGUGGUUUUGGGGAGAGGGAUUAAGACUUUGUGCUUGCAAAAGUAUUGAUCCUUUUCUCCCCACUCCCUCAAAAAUCACUGCUACUGAGUUAGCAUGUGCAAGGACAGAUCUCCCGGUGCAAGGAGAGAGUAGCAAGGCUGCUGCCUGCGGGYGCACUGUCUGAAGGGUGCAUGUCCUAUGGUUCUGGUCUGUAAGGCAACGAGAUCCCCGAGCUCUGUGAGGAAGAACUACUCACAGGAAUUAAGGAUUUGCACAUUWGUCUCCUGUGCUUGUGCCUGUCCAACUUAAAGAGCAAAGACAGCCACAGUUGGGUGUCUCAUAACAUGGUCGAGGAAAUAUUUGGAAGACCAAUGAAAUCAAGGAAAAGGGAAGAAGGGAUGUGGCAGGUGACUCAUCUAAUGCAGCAUCUAUUUCUUGCAGUUCUUCUGACUCUGCCCCAUUGGUUGAUAUGGACAAUCUUCUACCUUUUGAUAUUACAUAACUCCUGAAAGCUAGCUAGCUAUUUAUUUAAAUAUAUGUAACUUAUAAUUUUUGUCAUCAAAGCUUUGAUAUUUUUAAUAGAAAUGUACUAUAUGGAAGUUUGUUCUCAGGGCUUCAUAUUUAUACUGUCUUUACACCCCUUWACAGCAGGGGUGCAUUUAAAGAGUUGUAUUUGGGGUAAAAUGCUGUCGGUCAAUGCAACUCGGACCU